UCUCACGCUCUAUGCAACUGAAAAAACAGACUCCCAACCUCCCUUUCUCAGGCUUCCACUAACAUACGCCAUGGGCGCCGUUUAAGCAUCCUUCUUAACAAUUUCCUCUCUCUCUCUCUCUCUGAAAAUGCCAUUCCUCGCAGCCCUCUCUCAAAACCCCAAUCUCUUCACUCCCUUUCCUACAAACCCCCCUCGCAUCCCCAAUAAUAAUUCCCAAAAACCCCCUCCCCCUCCAAUUCCUAUUCCCAAAUACCCCCCCAAAAAAAUUCCAAAAAACCCGCAAAACCCCACUCCCCCUCGCAAUCCAGCCCUCAAAUCCUUCCACCACCGCUCCAAAUACUACAAACCCAUUUCACCUGACAGUGGCGUCGUCAAAACGGACGGCUCCGAUCGCUCGAUCAUCCUCGGCGAGUCUGGCCUCUCCUACCUCCUCCCCGGGGCCCCCUUCGAGUUCCAGUUCAGCUACUCCGAGACUCCCAAGGCUAAGCCACUGGCAAUCCGGGAGCCCCCAUUCCUGCCGUUUGGCCCCCCGACGAUGCCGCGGCCUUGGACAGGGAAGGCGCCACUCAAGAAAUCGAAGAAGAAGAAGGUCCCGCUGUUCAAUUCAUUCGAUCCACCGCCUCCCGAGACAGAGGGGGUGAAGCGGAUGGAGACACAGAGGCUGUUGGUUUUGGGGCGGUAUCCAAAGGAACAGAAGACGAGGGAGGAGAUAUUGGGGAACCCGCUUACGCGGGCUGAGGUGAGGAGGCUGGUUCAGCCCUACCUUUCCCGUAAUCGCCAGGUCAAUCUCGGAAGGGAUGGAUUAACUCACAACAUGCUCGAGUUGGUACAUGCGCAUUGGAAGCGGCAACAGGUUUGUAAGGUUCGAUGCAGAGGUGUUCCGACCGUUGAUAUGAACAACGUCUGCCGCCAUCUUGAGGAAAAAACUGGGGGCAAGAUCAUCCAUCGAGUUGGUGGUGUUGUUUAUCUUUUCCGUGGGAGGAACUAUGAUCCUCGUACACGUCCAGUAUACCCGAUAAUGCUCUGGAAGCCAGCUGCUCCCGUUUAUCCAAAACUUAUCCAGGAUGCUCCAGAAGGAUUGUCGAAAACAGAAGCCAAUGAGUUGCGAAAGAAAGGGCAAAAUCUACUUCCAAUUUGUAAACUAGCGAAAAAUGGAAUAUACAUUAGCCUUGUGAAGGAUGUGAGGAAUGCUUUUGAAGGAAGCCCUUUGGUGAAGAUUGACUGCCAAGGGAUGCAUGCCAGUGAUUACAAAAAGAUAGGCGCAAAGCUUAAGGAACUAGUUCCUUGUGUUCUGCUGUCGUUUGACCAGGAGCAGAUAUUGAUGUGGAGAGGCAAUGAUUGGAAAUCAAUGUAUCAAAAACCUCCCCCUCGAGUGUCAGACAUCCACCCCUCUGACGGUAACAUUUCAUCUAGUUUGGUUGCUUCAGAUUGUGGUGAUUCAAAUGCUUCAGACACAGACAAUGCGUUAUCUUCAUCUUCGAGCAGCCGUCCACGAAGAGUGGGUUUAGGCCAAUUGGGCGAUGCAAGUGUUAGAUCAACAGCUAAAACGGAAAUCUCUAGCCCAAGAAUGAUGUCAUUGUGGAAGCAAGCAAUCGAGUCAAGCAAAGCAUUGUUGCUCGACGAGAUUGAUCUCGGUCCGGAUGCUCUUCUAGAGAAGGUGGAGGAGUUUGAAGGCACGUCGCAGGCAACGGAGCAUUCAUAUCGGGCGUUGAUUUUACCGAGUGGGAAUGAUCUGAAUAUUUCAAAAACCAACCAUAGAGGAGACGGAUCUGAGGCUGCAACCGAUGACAUUGGUGAUGAAGAUGACAACGACAAUGACAUUUUUGUCAGUGAUUCAUUUGAAGGGGACGAAUCAUCUGUUCCAUUAGGUUCCCUACCUGUGGAUUUGCUUGCAAAGAGGCUUAUUUCGGAAUGAAUUCGGUUAUUAACAUGCAAUCACACCUGGUUUCAUUGAGAAUGUCCUGCGAUUCAUGUUAUAUCCUAACAGAUUGAAGGAUAAAGAUGUGGGCAGAUAAAUCAUUGUCGGCUAAUCUCAGGACCCCACUCCAAAAUAGCUGCGGAAUCUCAUAAUAUCAGUGUACACAUUGAAAGAAUUAUAUAUGUGUAAAAAAUUACAAUGUAUUUUGAGGAAAUUUAUUGUUACUGAACAUUCUUCUCUGUUA